AUGGACUGCGAUGAAAUAUUGCUCCAUGCCUUGCAUCUCACCGUUGUCUUUUACCUCAUCUCAAAAUGGUGGUCAUCGCUUUCACCGUCGAAUUUCCUCGAAGUGUUUUGCGAAGGUCUCGCGUUUUCUAUUCCAUAUCCCAGAACACAGAAGGCUGCACUAAAGGAGAUCAGACAUCAUCUCGUGCAAUUACAGAAUGACGAGAGUUUUUUAGGAUGCCACUUUCAGCUGUCGAUUCCAUCACUGACACGAGAUGAAGAAGAGGUUGUGGUUACUCCACCUAUGUACCACCUCUUGGUGCAUCCCAACACAUAUGUGAGGGUUACAAUGAUCCGUCUGGUCGCGUCGAAGAGCAAGGAAUGUGCGGCUCAAACCGACAAGACUCCUUUGCACCUUCGUGACACAACAUCUAUCUCAAUGACCCAUCUGGAAAACCAGGAUCGUGCGAAUCAGACGGAGCGUCCAUUGCGUUCUUCACAAAUUCCUUCCACCCCUCAACCUCAAAGCCGCUCUUCUGUUAGCCAACCCGUGGCUGGGACAUCUACAGGCUCCCAGACCAAUAUGCCUUUGUCCCGAACUCUUUCAACUCCCACCAACGCUUCGAUGCACAACACUUCUCCAGCUCAAACCCGACUUUUCAGCAGCCAUGCUAGCAGCACUCCGGCGCCUCUGGAAGCCGCCGUAGAGUCGCCUUGCAACCAAUCGGGGAAGCGACCUGCGCUAGAAGAGAGCACCAGUUGGAGCGAACCGUCGCCAUCAUUAACGCCCUCUCACACUGUUUAUGUUCGUAUAGCGACAGAUAUCUCUUCCGUAAUUUGUGUUCGGGCAAAUGCCGCCGACUCUGUUCGCUCAUUCAAGCAUCGAGUGCUGGAUCGCUGUGGAGCUCUUGUAGAUUCCCAAAGCGGGGACGAGUUCUAUCUGUCAUAUCAAGACACGAGGCUCCUCAAUGAAGACGCCUCGUUAGGGGACCAUAACAUUGGCAGGCCCGAUUUGGUGCAAUUGAUUCGUCAUCCACGCUCAAUCUUGAAGGAAGAGCGACGUAUGCAGAUGGAAGGGAGCGCUUCGAGGAAAGCAGUGGUUGAUGAUCUGGAGCGGGCUCGUGACCAGCCUGUAUAUGAAAACUUCGAUAUACAGGCUGGUAUGUCUGAGUUUAAAUCCCCGUACCGCGCGGCUCCCACGCCAGUUUCCAUAAAAGGUUCGAUGAUUUUUGACCUCCCCUUAACAAUCCGGUCCGGCCCACGCCAAAUCUUCCCGGUCUACGAUUUCCUUGCGUCCAACCGAAAAUCGUCUUUCAGCUAUGCACCCCAGAAGCACAGCCGAUAUAUGUUUAUAUUAAUCCUUGUGUUUUCUUUAACCUUGAAUGCGUGGGAGCCGCGCGACCGAUUUAUUGAGACCGGUAGGGAUUUUUUAAAAGUCCGAAAACCAUCGGAAUAG